GUUUGUAAUUUACCCAUUAAUUAAUUUGCUGGGGGGGCAUAUUUGUCAUUUCCCUUACGCAGCUUGGGUAGAAAGCAACAAAAUCUCUCUCCGCACAAAACUUUGGCGAGUAACUAUCCCGUAAAGGCUAAAAAAAGUCGGCAAUUAAACAACUGCAACGCGUCCAAAGGAAAUUACCAGAGAGAGAGAGAGAGAGAGGAGAGAGAGAAGAGAGAGAGAGAGAGUUUUAAAACCCUAAAACCUCGCUCAGCCCUUUUUCACUCUCAAUUUCCACCACCAUCUACUGGAGUCAAAAUAAUUUCAUCUUCGAAGUUCUUCUAUCUUCUCGGUUGAUUCUCCCGAUGCAGGAAUCUCGCCUUUCGCUUCAAGCAGUUUCGUUCGAUUUUGUCAUCGAGUCUGGUUCGUACGAUGGCUGAGAACCAAGCAAUUUUUUGACCUUCUCCGGCUUUCAGUUUACCACCAUGUCAUCUGAGGAUCAGCCAGUUCCAAGGAAGCUAAAGUUCAAAAUAACUACGAAAGGGAUACGCAGUAUUUCAGAAGAUAAGUCAUGUGAAAGCACUGUGAAGGUUGCUGAAAACAAUGGACAAAGGAACAGAGUGACUGGAGGAGUAAGUAAAUUUCCUGAGGCACUUGUUUCUACCGAGCAAUUUAUGCCAGUGAAUUCUAGCAAGCGGAAGCCGGAAAUUUCUCUUGAUGAUCAGAGGGGGAAAAAGCGAAAGAUGGACCGCAAUUUGAAACUUCAGUGUGGCAACAUAUUGAAAGAAUUGAUGAAGCACCCUCUAGGAUGGAUUUUCAACGAGCCUGUUGAUCCAGUAAAGUUGAGUAUUCCGGAUUAUUUUUCAAUAAUUACCAAACCGAUGGACUUGGGAACGAUAAAGCAUAAAUUAGAGGGAAACAUGUACUUUGCUGUUGAGGAAUUUGCUGCUGAUGUGAACUUGACGUUUUCCAACGCAAUGUUGUAUAAUGCUCCCGGCGAGGAGGUUCAUAAAUUGGCAAAGAAAUUGGAUGCUACUUUUACUAGGAGAUGGAAAUCGUUUGAGGUUAAAUUGAAGCAUGGGAACUUGAAUGUCGAAGAGUAUCGUUCGAAAAACAAUGACCAAGAUAGCAAAAAGACUGUAGGAAACAAUUUACACGAUGCCAAAGCUCCCUUGCGCAUCAAACUUGGUACCUGUGGACCGAUGCCAUUUGAGGAAAAACGGAAGUUCACAUUGGAGUUUAUGCAAGUGCUAAGCAGAAAGAUGACAACUAAUUUGAGGACAGUGCUUCAAAAGUUUGGUUUGGUUGGUCUUAACAAAGAAAAGCUCGAUUCCUAUAUUAAUUCGAUUGAUGAUGAAACUUUACGGAAGCUGAGAAGAGAAAUCACGGUUCUUUUGGAUGCAAAAGAUGGAAAGGUGAAGCCUUCACAAAUGAAACUAAAUGUGUGUCCCUCACUGAAGAAACCUGUCCAGAAAGAACUCUGUAAUCGAAGUGCUUGUGCAUCUGCCAAUCAGCGACAAUCAAUUGAUUCUACUGAAACUAAGUGUUCAUCAUGUGGAAGCAUGACAUGCCAUUGCAGGCUUAAAACUGGUUCAGCCCAAGCAUCUACAAGCGAUUUAUCCUCAGAACGAUCAUCAGAACAAGGUCAUUGUGGUGAUUCUAAACUUGAUUGUAAGGUCAAAUAUCCCUCUGCAGUUCGCACGAGUAGCUCGGGUCUAGAUUCUGAUGGGCCUGGAGUUGUUCUGAAUGAAGAAAAUGUUCCUCAACUUUCAACCCCUGCAACAGCGGUUACUUCUGUUGAAGGCUGGACUUCAUUAAACGUCCAAAUGUCGCCCACGAAGGCUUUGAGGGCAGCCCUGCUAAAAAGCCGCUUUGCAGAAACUAUCUUCAAAGCUACACAUCAGACAAAGCUGGAUCAUGUUGAGAAGUCUGAUCCUCUAAGGAUGCAGAAAGAAAGAAAGAGAUUGGAAAAGGAACAACUAGAAGAGAAAGCGAGAAUUGAAGCAGAAAUCAAAGCUGCUGAAGCGGCUGCACGAAGGAGGGAGCACGAUGAUAUAAAGAUGCGACGUGAGAGAGAAAGAGCGGCUGCAAGGAAGGCACUACAACAGAUGGAAAAAACUGUCGAGAUAGAUGAAAAUGUGUAUAUACUGAAAGAUCUGGAGAGGUUGUGUUGUGGUUCCCCUUGUGGUCUAUCUUGUGGAGAUUGUUGUGAAGGUGUCAAAGCUGGAUUUCACUUUGGAAACCCUUUGGAGCAACUUGGCCUUUAUAUAAAGGAUGAUUAUGAUUAUUUGCGUGAUGAAGAUGUGGUUUUGAGUGGAGUUGGCGAAGAAGACGAAGAUUCAGUUUUGAUUGCAAGAGCAGGAGAUGAAGAUUCAGUUUUGAUUGCAAGAGCAGGAGAUGAAGAUUCAAUUUUGAUUGGUGAAGAAGGUGAAAUUCUGCAAUAGCACCAACUGCUCUCCUCUGUAAAUAUCUACUAUUAUUUUUUGUACUAGGCAGUCGCGAUUACCUAACUUGACUAAACAAGUUCUAAUUUAGAAUAGAGCUUUUUGCAACUGUUUACCAUUAAUUCUCGUUCCCAAACAGCAGUAAUCACCAGACCAAUUGCUUGCUGUGUCUUGAAGUAGAAUCUAUUUUGCUUCUGUGAUGGAAAAGUUCUAUGUUAGAUUUGUUAAUAGAGAUCUACUUAUAUUUAUAUUCGGAAUGGCUUUUUUGAUGUA